AUGGCUACACCAAUCACAACACCAACACCUGCAAUCCAAAAAGCCCUCUCUCUCCCUGAAAUACUCAGCGAAAUCUUCCACUGGAUCUACGCAGACGAGGGCCGCCUCGAAGAAAUCCCAGACAGACCUCGCCACUAUACCUUUGUCAUCACGCGCAGGAACGACCUCCACAGCUGCGCCCUAACAAGCCGCCUCUGGUUCGCCGAAUCAAUCGCCCUGCUCUGGAAAAUCCCGCAUGAUCCUGACCUGAAGCACCUCGAGCGCGACAUAGAAGACCGCCUUGGCCCUCUUCCUCCGUCUCGACGGGAGUUUUACGCAAAGUUCAUAGACGAGGGCACCAUUGAAACAACCAGGCUGGGGAAAGACGGCUCAAAAUCUGAGCUUGACGGGGUCGUGUUGCCGGCUCUGAGAACAAUGCGGCUAUAUGUACCAUUAUACAACUCUGGCGUGCCGGCGAUCGUGGCGCCGAGGCUGAAGCAGCUGGAUAUUGAUCCGCACGUUGAGGUUUUGCCGCCGGAGGAGUGUGUCGGGGAGAAUGUUAUGGGAGAGGUUUUGGAGCAGAUUCCAGCAUUGUUCUCGAAUGUCGACGUGGUGACUUUUGGCCUAUGUUAUGCCAGGCGAAAGGACUUUGAGCGUUUCAAGAGUCGGAUGCCCGGCGUCACCAUUCACGACGAGGAUAGUGUAAUCUUGAAUUGA